UUCCUCCUGGCUUGAAAACAGCUCCUGGCUGCAUGCAUCUAGAGAUGCCAGGCCGCCCUCUGGCUCUGGGCCCCUGUCCUCCUCAGCACCCUCGCUCCCACUGUCCUCCUCCUGUCUUGUUGAACUCUGUGCUGCUACGGUCUCUGAAGUGUCCAUGAUGGUCUUCGUAGUGGAGGUGGGGUUGCCCCCAAGUAUCACGUCCAGCUCUCUGUAGAAACGGCAGGUCGUGGGGGCAUCACUGGAGUGGUGGUUUGCCUCCCGCGCUUUGUGAUCAGCCUCUAGGCAAGGUGUUUGUCGGUAAGGAGCUGGCCUACGCUGAUUAGUCUCUUCCACCUCUGAAGAACCUGAUCCUACGAAUACAAAGCCCCAGCAAACAACUGUGUGGCAAGAUCUGAAACCUGUUUUGCUGUGGUGCCUUGUUUAUUGCCCUGGAUGGAGGAAGCUAGGUGCAGUAAAGUAGCCUGAACUCUGUGCCUGGCAACCCCUGGACAAGGCCACCUGUGACCGUAGCAGGAAUAUGGGUCUGCCUGCUUUGUGACCCCUUGGAGGCUGGGGCCGGAUGGAGUCGAUGUGGGCUGGUGUUCCCUUUGCCUGAGGUCUUGGCCUGGUGAUGAGGCACUAGAGAGACGCAGAGAGCGGUCAGCGCGCGGCCGGACGGGGAAAUGGCCCAGCACAAUGUGGGGAUCAACAGGGAGUACGGAGACUGGGACUGGAGCGCGGACGCCGGGGAGCGGGCAAGGCUACUGCAGAGCCCCAAUGUGGAGACCGGGCUGAAAAGCGACGAGGGGCAGAGACCCGGAGCGGGGACCACUUCCACCCUCGGGGCCGUCUUCAUUGUGGUGAACGCUGCCCUCGGGGCUGGGCUGCUCAACUUCCCUGCAGCCUUCAGCACUGCGGGCGGCGUGGCUGCAGGGAUUGCGCUGCAGAUGUCCCUGCUGGUGUUCAUUAUUGGAGGGCUGGUGAUCCUGGCUUACUGCUCGCGGGCCAGCAACGAGCGCACGUACCAGGAAGUGGUGUGGGCUGUGUGUGGCAAGGUCCCUGGCGUGCUCUGUGAGGUCGCCAUCGCCGUUUACACCUUUGGCACCUGCAUCGCCUUCCUCAUCAUCAUCGGGGACCAGCAGGACAAGAUCAUUGCUGCGCUGGUGAAGGAUCCCCAGGGGGCAGGUGGCAGCCACUGGUACGCGGACCGCAAGUUCACCAUCAGCAUCACGGCCUUCCUCCUAAUCCUGCCCCUCUCCAUCCCGAAGGAGAUUGGCUUCCAGAAAUACGCCAGCUCCCUGAGUGUGAUUGGCACCUGGUAUGUCACCGCUGUCGUCAUCAUCAAAUACCUCUGGCCUGACAAGGAGAUUACCCCAGGGCACAUCCCCACACGCCCCUCCUCCUGGAUGGCCGUGUUCAACGCCAUGCCCACCAUCUGCUUCGGAUUCCAGUGCCACGUGAGCAGCGUGCCCGUCUUCAACAGUAUGAAGCGGCCCGAGGUGAAGCCGUGGGGAGCGGUGGUGACAGCAGCCAUGAUUAUCGCUCUCUUUGUCUACGCAGGGACAGGGAUCUGCGGGUUCCUGACGUUUGGCGCGAGCGUGGACCAGGAUGUGCUGCUGUCCUACCCCUCCGACGAUGUCCCUGUUGCCAUUGCACGGGCCUUCAUCAUCCUCUGCGUGCUGACGUCCUACCCCAUCCUGCACUUCUGCGGCAGGGCUGUGCUAGAGGGGCUCUGGCUACGCUACAAGGGGGAAACGGUGGAGGAAGAUGUGGUCCGUGAGAGGCACCGACGUGUGUUCCAGACAGUCUGCUGGUUUCUCCUGACUCUCCUCCUGGCCUUGUUCAUCCCAGAUAUCGGCAAAGUCAUCUCUCUCAUCGGGGGCCUGGCUGCCUGCUUCAUCUUCGUCUUCCCGGGACUAUGCCUGAUUCAAGCCAAACUUUCUGAAAUCCAGGAAACCAGGUCAACCAGCUGGUGGGUGCUGGUCAGCUAUGGGACGUUUAUGGUCACGCUUGGAGCCUUCAUCUUUGGACAAACCACUGCCAAUGCCAUCUUUGUGGAUCUGAUGGCCUGACUCGUUCCACAGGACUGGUUGAUGCUGCCCUCCUUAGAAGUAGCUUUUCCUUUGGGACAGCCCAGGACUGAAGGAAAAAAUUGCUUUGGCUUUUGAUGUUUCCAGAAAGUUGGUUGGAGGGGAACACAUUCCUCCCCUGCUGGGGAUUUUGUUAGUCUGUUUCAUUGGGAGAGUCCUACAGGGUUGUAUGUUCAUCGUCUAAUGCACCAAGUCAGGGUUUUCUUUUAGCUUCUGGUUCCCAGGUCUUGGGAACUGCAGAGGUUCACUACAGAGAAUUCAGACGCUGACCCAGUGGGGGUGCACAGCGCGACGCCCUCCUGGAACGAGGUCAGGACGGAGGCCUUUGUGCAGAAUGCCCCUGGAGCUCCACGCUGAAUUCUUGUUACCCUUUUUUGGGGGACAAAUUUCUCAAGUGUGUCUGGGAUUCACAGUGUGUAAUAGGCAGUAGCCCCCCCCCCCCCCCCAGGGUAGGAGACCAUACUACAUUGGACUGCAUCUCGUCUCUGGCAAAUCCUCUCUCCCAAACAAAAGGACCUUAAACUGCCUGUUCUAAUCGUGAAAUUACUGGUGAGAUGUUUGUCGUAUAAAGCAAACUGGUAACCUUGCUUUAUGAACUUAGGAAUUAUUCAUGUCCAGGUUUUUAGCUUCAGAUGAUAAAACCACAGGAAAUUUUCCCUAAGAAACAAUACUUGUAUUGAUGAUCACUCCUUAUGGCAUGUGUGAGAAUGAAGUACUCCAUUCUUGCACGAUGAGACCAUUGUCUCUGUCAUGGUAAGAGUGCUUGAAAGGUAAGGGAAUAGAUAUCAGAUAAGCUGUAGAAAGGAAUGAUUUUUAAUACACUUGAGUGCAAUUCCUCAAUCAUGCUUCAUGGAGAACUCUAGUAAUUACAUUCCUUUCUUUGUACUAGGCUAUCAAGUUAGUUUCUGUAGAAAAAUUUCUGCCAUAUCACUGUUUGUUUGGUUUUUUGUUUUUGUUUUUAAAUGCUGGGCUUUCUCAUCUCUCUCACUCUCUCAUCUAGUCAGUCUUUUCUGUUCUCACUUACCUCAACCAGGGGAUUACUUAACCUGCCUCUGAUUGGUUUACAUUUUUACUGGAGGUGCUGCUGAUUGGCUAUUUUGUAACAAGCACUUUUUUUUGCUUCUUUGUAAUUGGGUGGAAACAGGGCCAGGGAAGAAUCUAACAAAGCACAUCUGUCCUGACAUGCCACUGGGCACCAACAAAGCAGUGUGAUGUUUACAAAACCGAUGUUUUCCCCUUCAUGCAUUUGGGGGCGUGAUGGCUAUUUAGUUAAGGUGCUAUGACUCUGUAACAAUUUAUUUAUUGAUUCUAGGGUUCAGAGUUUUCAAAGGCUCUUGUCAUUUCAAAUCCUGUUCUUCCGGGAUGGAUGUUUGCUGGAAGGGGCUGAUAAUCUUAGGUUUAAAGGGACACUGUGAGGGCAAAAAUCAUAAUAUAAUCCACCUGGAGGGCUUUUUAACACCUACAAUUAUUAAAACUGAGAAUUUCUAAAUAGCCCAGAGUAAACUACUACUCUAUUCACUGUUUGCAUUUCUCUGCACUUGGAGGAGGAGAAACAAGCUGGGUCAAUUUCACUUUUGUUUUUAGUCAGUUUCACUUUGAUGGCCUUAGAGGUUAGCAUAGUAUCUGGGUUGCAAACUCUGUAGGGGGGUAGUUAGAUCUCAGUGGGAAACUGUUCUCAUUGGAAUUUAAAAACAAACUUUUCUGUUGGUCUGUUUUGUAAAAUAAAUAAAAUAACUCUGCGUUUGUGUUUUACCGUAAAA